AUGUCGAAAAAUAUAAAAACACCGACAAAUCAGAAGCUGCUUACAAAUGUGGCAGUAGUGCGGAUGAAGAAGAUGGGUAAGCGUUUUGAAAUCGCCUGUUACAAGAACAAGGUUGUCAACUGGAGGAAUAAAACAGAGAAAAAUAUUGAUGAAGUGCUUCAAACGCAUACGGUCUUCUCAAAUGUGUCAAAAGGGCAAGUAGCAAAAAAGGACGAAUUAUCAGCAGCAUUUGGCACGGAAGAUCAAUUGGAAAUUUGCAAAAUUAUAUUGGAAAAGGGAGAUUUACAAGUAUCUGACAAAGAACGGCAGGCACAGACUGAUCAAACGUAUAAGGAGGUAUCACAGUUGAUUGCGGAAAUGGUAGUAAAUCCUGAUACAAAACGCCCAAUUCCAACAUCCGUCAUCGACAAAGCUCUUCAUGAACUUCACUUUUCUUUGAAGCCCAACAGAAAUGCAAAGCAACAAGCGUUAGAGGCAAUUCCUAAGCUUCGAGAAGCCAUUCGUCUCGAGCGUGCAAAGAUGAGAAUCCGUAUAGCGAUGCCAUCGCAUGAGGCUAAAAUUACACAUUCACGAUUGAAGGCUUUAUUCUCGGAACUGGAGCUUGAAGACUGGGCUGAGGGUGGUCUAGAGAUGGUCGGUUUGAUUGAACCGGGCAGUUUCCGACCAGCAGAUGAGUUAGUUCGCAAUGAAAGCAAAGGUCAUGGUCGACUAGAGAUCCUCAGCUUGAAGGAAGUUCGUGAAGGAGAAGUGGAGAUUUCAUAG